CUCCGCCAGAUUAGGACUCUCCCCCCUUGUUUACACGCUUUCGUCUCCAACCCCCUCUCCCUGUAUUAUUCCUCACCUCUGCCCCCAACCUCCCACCAGUAAUUAGAGUAAUGGCAUCCGAAAGCUCACCCUCUCCUGGGAGACCUAAUUUCGAGGACGGGUCUCCUCAUCCUAGCACCACUGAUCCACCAGAAACCACUGACAACGCCGACUCACUCCCUUAUAAACCUUUUACUUCCCUACCUAAUACAGAAACCGUUCAUUCAGAACCGUCCUUACCACCAAAGCAAUCCUCUGAUGCUAACGGCGCGUUUGAUAGCGUUAACGAAGCCGGCGGCGCAAGUUUCGCGGAACUCGCGCUCGCGCUCGAGUCGACAAAAGUAGCCGAGCCGCAAGGCGCGCCGGCCGCCUUGCAAAAUGGUUCGUCUUCCGCGGAAGCCGCCGCCGACAGCGAAGGUCCCGCGAGCGCCGCAGCCGCUGCUUCCGCCGGCGAUGCAGCUGGCGCGGAUGCUAACGCGGACCGCACGGCGGAGGGCGGUGAGCUCAGCGGGGAAGCGGAUGAAGACGCCGCGGGUGAUAGAUGCGCGGUUAGCGAUCGGAAGGGCAAGGCGGAGAAUGAGGCGGAGGUCGACGAGGAAAUGCGGGACGAUCAUGGGUCGUGGGAAGAGGCGGGGGAGGUGAAGAGUGAGGGGGUGGAGGGGUGCGAUGGCGAGGGGCGUACUGAGGUGGUGAAAGGGGGAGCGGCAGUGUUGUGUGAAACGGGAGCGGCGGCAGAAGGAAAAGAGGGGUUGGAGCUUGCUGCUUUUAAAAGGGAAAGGGACGAAGAAAGCCUCAGGCGAAAAGCUGAAGACGAGCUUGUAACGGAUGGGCCAAUAACGGAUGCCCCCCUUACCAUCGACCCCGUCGAGAAUGAUCGUUUAUCGGACGACGCCGUUGCAGCCGAUGACGCUGCGAUAUCGGAUGACUCCAUGUCGGGGUUAUGCGACAGGCCCGUAAUCGGCGACCCUGUAUCGGAUGAUCUUAUAGAGGAUGAUGACCUCGCGGAUGAUUCUAUCGAGGAUGAUUUUCCCGAGGAUGACUUCAUAGUGGAAGACUCGUUACUGUAUAAGCUUCACCCGCUCCACUCGACCUCAGGCCCAACAGACCCCGCAGAAACGACUCUCUCAGCAGACGCCGCCAUAGCCGCAUUGCAAUCCCCGUCCUUCCCCUUCCCCACCGCCGCGCUUCCCAAUGAGGCGCGCCUACUGCUAUCCCUGCUGGCGCAAGACGCGCUGGACCGGGAGCAGUACCGCCAGUGGCGGGAGCGGCUGCGCGUGGCGCAGUGGGAGUGGCGGAACGAGCACGAGCGGCGGAAGCGCGCGGUGAGGGAGGCGAUGGAGUGGGAGGCGCGGAGCCACGCGCGCGCGCAAGAGGACGAGGAGCAGCGCAUUCGGCGCGCGAGACUAGCCUCGCGGGCCGUUGCGAGUGGCGUGGCGGCAUAUGGCGAGGGAGCGAGAAUCUCCUUCGCCUCGUCGCCUCUCGUGCUGCAAGCCAUCAGGCACAAGGCCAUGCUUGCGCGCACAUCCAAGCCCACGCCCAGAAGCACAUGCACUCCGGGGCUCGCCGCCAGGAGCAGCACUGAGCAGGUUCCCCCCUUCCCCCCAUCCCCUUUCACCUACUCUCCAUUACCCCCCACCUCACCGCACUCUCCUCUCCUCUCCCCCUCGUCGGACCCCCCACCCGCGUGCAAGCCCCGCGCAUCCCCCCCUCCACCGGUGCCGGACCGGCGCCUGUGGUACGAGGAGUGCUUUGACCCCUCGUACCCGGCGCACCUCUUCCACCGCCACUUCCGCAUGUCCCCCACCACCUUCGACCACCUCUUCACGUGCCUGCUGCCCAUAGAGGGCGUCCGCCCGCCCCCCACCGCCCCGAAAAUCCCCCUCCGCAUGCGCCUGGCUGUCUGCCUCUGGCGCCUGGUGUCCGCAGAGCCCCUUUACUUAGUCUCCAGGAGAUUCGGGCUGAGCGGCGCCAUGUGCUCGCGGAUACACCAUGAGACGUGCGCCACGAUCUGCCAGGCGCUCCUGCGCACCCACAUCCACAUGCCUGCCACUGCCACCGAGCGCGCGGCAGCAGCAGCCAAGUUCAAGGAGGCGUGUGGGCUGCCGGGGGGGUGUGUAGCAGCGCUGCACACGACGCAGAUAGUGAUGAGUACGCCCAGGACGGGCGAGAGCCUGCGUGAGUAUGAGAACCGGCGGUUGUCGGCGCGCCGGCAGAAGGUGGUGUAUUCCGUGGCCGUGCAGGUGGCGGUGGCGGCGGAUGGGCUUAUACUGGACGUGUCGGCUGGGCCGGGGUCGCUGAAGGAUGGCGACGUGCUGCUGCAGUCGCAGCUGUUCCAGAGGGUGAGUCGCGAGGAGAAGCAGAGGCAGGGGGACGUUAAGGAGGAGGUAGAGAGGGGGGGGAAGAAAGUAGGCGAGGAGGAGGGAGAGGAGGAGGAGUUGGAGAAAGAGGCGAUUGGUAAAGCAGGCGGGAGUGGAGGCAGCAAGGAUGGGAGGCAGAAGGGGGAUGUGGUGGUAGGGAGCGGCGCACGCAACAGCAGCAGCAGCAGUGGCGAUGCCAUCGUACCUCCGGGCUUCUUCCUUGUGGGCUGGUACUCCUUCCCUCUGCUCCGCUGGCUCCUCACCCCCUUCCCUGACCGAGGCCUCUCCAGCAUUGCUCACACCCACAAGCCCACUCCUGCUGCUCCUGCUGCUUCUGCGAGAACGGCGUCACUUGCAUCUCAACCGACACAAUCUGCCCUUCCAGGGCCGCCUGGCGCAGAGGAUGCAGCAGCAGCAGUGACGCCAGCAUCAGCAACAGCAGCGGCGAUCGCGCUGAUAUCCUCCCCAUCAGCAGCAGCAGCUGCUGCCGCUGCCGCCGCUAUAGCCAAUGCGUCAGGAGGGAGGAGGGGAAGAGGAAGGGGACGGGGGCGAGGGCAAGGAGUCUCUGCAGCAGCAGCAGCAGCAGCAGCAGCAGCAGCAGCAGCAGCAGCAGCAGCAGCAGCAGCAGCAGCAGCAGCCGCCGCUGCCAGAAGUGCAAACGGUGCAGAGAAUGCUGCGAACCAGGUUGCUGCGCUGGCUGCCCACAGCCAAAGCACCGCGCGCGCUGCCGCCGUGGCAUCGCCGCACUCCGCUGUAACCCUAGCGAACCUGCCCACGGAUCUGCUGGUGCGGCGCAAGGGCAGCAUGCCCAUCCCCGACGACAUGCAGCAGCUGCAGCACACGCUGGACACCAUGCGAGAGGACGCGGGGCGCGGACGAGUAGCAGAGGCGAGGCCGCGGAAGCGCGGGCGCCCUCCCCUGCAUGCGAGAAGGGUGAUUCGCGAGGAGAGCCAGAGCUGGUGGAAGGCGGAGAGGGAGAGGAGGGUGGAGAUGGAGCGAGUGGGCGCGGUGGCAGCAGAGGGAGAGGGUGCGAGUGGGUAUGAACCUGUGGGCGGGAGCACGGGGGGAGGCAGAGGCAGGGGUGGGGAAGGUGGUCUGGGUGGAGACGAUGGCGUUGACAAGGGUGGCAGUGGUGGCAGUGGCGGCAGGGGCAGUGGUGCAAAAGGGCGGACUAUUCUAGAGAGGCUGGGGAGGGAGAGCAUGCUGCCAGGAGAUCAGCUGCUAUUCAACCAGGGUGUUGAACGAGCUGUGACUGUGGCACGGGAUGCAGUGCGCCGGCUGCGGAGCAGGUGGAAGCUGUUGAGCAAGCGUGCAGAGACCAAGGUGGAGGAGUUACCGGAGAUUGUGGGGGCAUGCUGCGUGCUGCACAACCUGUGUGAGAAGCGGGGGGAGCGGUACGACGAGGCGUGGGAGGAGGGUGCGGGGAAUGAGGAGGAGGAGGACGGUGACGAGGUAGCCAAGUCAGCUGCUGAGGUGGCGGAGGAGGAGGAGGUGAGGCGGGCAAGCAAGAGGGCGAGGAUGGGAGGGGAUCGGGGUGUGGGGCAGGGGGAAGCAGCUUUAGGGCCUGGGGAAAGGAGUCGAUUGGAGGUGGUGGAGGAGAUGGGGAGGAGUGGUUUAACAUGAGGAGAGGAAACGGGUUGCUGGUUAUUGUAUGCGAAGGCAGGAAGGUUAGUCUUCAAAGGCGAGAAGUAUUGAGAACUUUUUUGUAAUAUUUUUUUUUACAGACUGUGAUUCGACUAGAAGAGGAGUUUGCUGUAAAGGAGACACUCUCUCAUCUAUUGGCAGGUCCUUCAGACCUGCCACCUAGUCUCAUUUGCAUUUUUCUGCUCCAACUUGUAUACCACCAGCACACUCUAAGCUAAACCCCUCUUA